UUAUUUGUUGGCCUGCAGUGGCAACAGGGACAGCAUCCUCUGCUCUCUGGCAUUGCUGCAUGUUUUCAUCUCUAUUUCCGUGGUCCUUUCCUGCAGGGUUUAGAGAAAUUCAGAAGGAGAGAAUGUAGGUGUAGGGCUUCCAGCAGUCUAAACACAGUGCAUGCCAAUAUCAUUCUACCUAUUCUGUAGUUCCAUGAUCCUUCCUUGGGAGAUUGUGCAGUGUGAAGCUCAUAGCUUGUUUCCUCUUUAUUCCUCUUACUCUCAGAGUCACUCUGUUGUGGUCGUCUUCACUCUGGCUGUGUAGAAUUGAAUAUGAUUCUGUUCAGAGUUCGUCUGUGUGCUCGGAAUACUGGCUGGUUGGUGAUGGUGGGAGCGGUCAUUCAAAGUGCUCUCUCCUCUUUAUCCUUCCCCAAAUCCUGAGUUCACAGCCUUUGCAGCACUUCAAGACUUGGAUGGGCAUUGGGCAGCUUGUGGAUUUUUGCAGCCUAGGAAAAUGCUGAGGGUUUUUUUCACCCUGGAGAGAGAUUUGUGAAAAUGUGUCUGAAAUCUAGUGCACUCUCUGAUGUAAGUGCCAGGCCCUCUGUUAGAUUUAGCAAGUGCAGUGAAUGGGACUGAGCAAACCAAUGCAUCUCCCAGAACAGAAACAGCUUGGGGACGUCAAUGCAACUGACACAGCUGAGAUGCCAAAAAUGUUUGAUGGAUGCAUUAUGAAAGCUGAAAUGUGCUAUCCAAAGAAGCAGUGAUGUGCCGCUUAGGGUAUGUCUACAUUACCCACUGGAUCGGCGGGCAGCGAUCAAUCCAGCAGGGAUCGAUUUAUCGCGUCUAGUCUAGACGCGAUAAAUUGACGCCUGAGCGCUCUUCCAUCAACUCCUGCACUCCACCUCUGCAAGAGGCGCAGGCACAGUCGAUGGGGAGUGGCAACAGUCACCUCACCGCAGUGAAGACACCUCGGGAAAAUGUCUGCCAGCUGACAGCCUUUUCUUCUUCUGCUAAGCCACAGCAACCUCAGCAGCAAUACACACGUUUUAUAAGAGGGCUCCAGUAAUAAACACAGUUUACAGCUGAUCCCAUUCAAGCCCAGGGAAAGCAGUGAGAAUUCCCUGGAAAGAUGCCUCUGGUGAAGAGGAACAUUGAACCUCGUCACUUGUGCCGUGGCGCUCUUCCUGAUGGGGUGACCAGCGAGCUGGAAUGUGUGACCAACAGCACCUUGGCUGCCAUCAUCAAGCAGCUGGGUAGCCUCAGCAGACAUGCUGAAGACAUAUUUGGAGAACUGUUCAAUGAAGCUAACAGUUUCUAUAUGCGGAUGAACUCCCUGCAGGAGAGGGUGGACCUUCUGGUGAUCAAGGUCACUCAGUUGGACUCGACGGUGGAGGAAGUUUCACUGCAAGAUAUCAACAUGCGGAAAGCGUUCAAGAGCUCAACUGUGCAGAAUCAGCAGGUGGUCUCUCGGAACUCCAUCCCUAACCCCGUGAUGGAGAUGUACCAACGCUGUGACAAGCCACCACCGCUCAACAUCCUCACGGCUUACAGGGACGACAAGAAAGAUGGCCUCAAAUUCUACACUGACCCUUCAUAUUUCUUCAACUUGUGGAAGGAGAAAAUGCUGCAGGCAACUGAGGACAAGAGAAAGGAGAAACGCAGGCAGAAGGAGCAGCGGUUAGUGGAAGAUUCCACCCGGGAGGUGAAGAAAGUCAGAAAAGCCCGCAACCGGCGCCUGGAGUGGAACAUGAUGGCAUAUGAUAAAGAAUUCCGUCCCGAUAACAGAUCUUAUGCGUCAGAUGUAGCUGAUCAUUCAUACCCGGCCAGUCCUAACCACCCUGCACAGCAGAUAUUAGCUCCAGCCUCACACCUGUCAACAGACAACAAGGAGAUCAUCCUGGUCGCUAACCAGGCCCAGGAACAUGUCUACAGGCCCUCAGCAGCAGGAAGCCGUCAGAACAGUCUCAACCGAGUCCAGCAGCCCCAUGUGCCGCAGCAUCCAGAGACUAUAUUGAAUGGACCAAGACCUCAGAUAGUCAAGGAGUAUGGUCCCCAGCAGAUGCCCCUGGCAGAAUACUUUGUGCCUCCUGCUCCUCCGCCCCCGCCCCCUGUGAUACCCUCUGCUCAGACUGCCUUCGACAGCCCCAUCUCAGCACCUGCUGCCAUGGCGCCCAGCGCUGCAGCCUCCGUGGCUCACUCAUCAUAUGCACCUUCCCCGCCUCCGGCUCCACCCUGCCUGUAUUCUGCUUCCCCCCCUCAGACUGGCCCGAUGGGGCCCCCCGUCGCACCUCCUCCACCUCCACCUGGCCCUCCAACAGUCACUGCCUCGCCGGCUCACUCGGCGUCACCCCCGGCGGCAGCGGUUGAACCUCGGAAACCUCAGAUCCCUCUGAUACCAAUGAGCGAUGCCAGGAGCGACCUGCUUGCUGCAAUUCGGAGGGGAAUUCAACUCCGGAAAGUCCAGGAACAGUGGGAGCAGGAGGCGAAGAAGGAACCGGUUGGCAAUGAUGUAGCCACUAUCCUGUCCCGCCGGAUUGCAGUGGAGUACAGCGAAUCCGACGAUGACUCAGAACUGGACGACAAUGAGUGGUCAGAUUAAGAGAGCUCAGCAUGCUGUAUUGGCGUGUACUCCCCCCCUCCCUGCUUCUCCAUAAGAAGGUGUGUAUGGCUGGGUUCCCCUGUAAGUGAAUGCUGACCACCGUCAGCACGUAGUGUGACUUAUUCAGGAGCUUUGCUUUUACACCAUGUUGCGUUGUUGAAGAAAUGAUGGUAGUGUUGUCAAUGAGAGUGCGCAUUGGUGGGACAUGCUUUAAAAGCAGCAGGCAUCUGCCCAGAAUCUCGCCAGGUGUGGCUAUGACACUUCAAUAAUGCUGAGAACACAAUGAGGCGAGGAUCAGUGGAGUUACUCUGGAUUUACACCAGGGUGGCAGCAGUCAGAAGCUAGUCCCAUACAUGUGUUUUUAGAGAAACAAAACUGCAGAAACAGCACUGCUUAUUUGGCCAGAUGUUAAUUUUAUAAUGAAAAGCUCCUGAAAAAGCAUCCUGUUCCCAUAGCAAAUACCGCCACGUGGUUAUAGGUGUCUGGAGACCACAAUUCACUUGUUUGUAUUUUCUGCAGAUGUUUAAAAUUGUUGGGAUUUGGACUAUAUGAGCCAGGGGAAAGCUCUGUUCAUUGCCAUGAAAGUUACGUGCAGAAAGGGUCUGUUUUCCCUUUAAAGUAAUGUCGUUAGCUUUGCGUUCUGACAGUCUGAAAGGAGAGUUCUCUGCUGUCUCCCAGUUUCACUUUUAAGAGCACAUCAUAGGGAGGAACAGAUGUUUGUGGCAUGGUUAUAUUUCCAGCUCUGCACUCUGAUUCCCUGGGGAAGAGCAUGAAAGGAAAGUUUAGCGUAAGCCUGCUCUUCUUUUGCCAUCAGCAGAGAAACAAAGCACUUGUUACUGAGUAGAAAGGAAUAAAGUCAGUUUCAAGAGAAAAGAACCUCGCAAUAGAUUUAAGUUGUCUAAGAAAGACCCUGAAAGCCUCGAAAUAACUGGCUGACAGUGCUGUCCUAUUGUAUCACAUUAUUAUUAUUUGAAAUAAAAUUAACCAGGCUAAAUAUAACUCUUAGCUGCACUGAAACAACCCCACUGGAGAUAGUAGGGAGCAAUAUUUGUCCCUUUGGGUUCACUUCUGAUUUUCAGUUUCUAGUAUCUGAGAAUCUCCUUGUACAAUUGAGGUGAAUUCAGGCUUAUUCCCGAAAUAGUUACUGAGGGAACAAUUCUUCCGCUUUUACUCAGGCUGAAUAGUAUGGUACUCUGCGAGCAGCGGUAAUGGGUCGGCGUGGAGUACCGCAAACCUGACAAUGACUCUGAACUGGGGGAUAAUGAGUAAGAUUGGUAGGAUCGGGCCUGGAGUUAAGAUGCUGAAAACACCAGUGAAUGCUGUUUGGUUUAUUAAUCCAAAUGGAGAGUGAUUCAUAAAAGCAUUUUCAUGUAGCUACUAAGGGAGAAGCCCUGAGAAUCCAAAGGGAUCCUGUGGGAAAUGUUGAAAACCCACAGUCAGUUCUGAGAACUACAAGAGAACAGGAAAUGGAUUCUGACCAAUAGAAAACUGGCCAGCGUCAGCCUUGAGUCUGUAUAAUAUGGUCAGAUAGGGCCCCAGUGUUCCAGGGACAUGCAUGCACACACCAACAAACGCACCAUUUCCACUUCCCCAGCCGCAGUCUUGUCUGACUCAGGGGUGGUGAAUGAAACUGGAUUUUCUUAUUUCCCUCCCGGUAACAGGAAACGUGCACUUUGCCUCCACCUUCAGUCUAUGCAGGUGACUGAAAAACAGCCAAGGGAGGGCGACAGGCAGCUAGUGGUCAGCCAGAGUGAGAGUGCCUUUGGAGCCUGCAGGCAGGGAGACCUGGUGAAGGGCAGAGAAGAUGUUGGCUGGAGUCCACAAGUGUCACUUCGUAUAGUGCCCCAUUUGGCUAGUGCCACCAUUCACCCUUAUCUACUAGAGAAAGCUGCUCUUGAGCCAGCCCGUUUUGCAAGGAGAGGGGACGAGGGCGUUCGCUAUUCAAACCAAGCAGCAAUAGUUCCUGAAAAACUGCAGCAAGACAGCAUAUGUCAGACCAGCAACAGGAAAGGAAGAAGAAAACAAGACAACAACCCAGCAGGAUGCAACACAGAUUCUCAGUGGCACUGACAUAGGACCCAACAGCUCAGCAGCAGCUCCUGGGGCAAUGGGAAUGUUAAACAGACAUAGAAGGAGCUGGUGCCUUGUUGUUGAGCUGGGAAUUCAUGGUGUGCAGUAGUUACACCAAAGCCUCUUGCUCCUACCAUCAUCUUGUCUCUGUUAAGAACUAGCAGGCAACCCCCUCCCCAAGAAAUGGAAAAUACAGAGGUAGGAAGCUGCAAGCCAAACCCUGAUCUCUUUACUCAGGCAAGUAGCGCCACUGAAGUCAAUGAUGCUACUUUCCUCAGUGAGGCGAGCAGGAUUGGACCCCUACUGCAAGAUCAGGAAAAGCCUUGUACAUUAAAAAUAGCAUAUACAAAACCACAUAAGUAUUUAUUAUAUAGUGUUGUUAAUAUAUGCAUGAUUUUGAUGUGACCCACAAAUGAAGAGAAAUCCCAGACUGAUGGGCUUGAUGUAUAAGAUUAAAAACAUAACAUAUUCAGACAUAAAGUGAAUGCUAAAGAGAUGUAGUAAUUGCCUUUAUCUUUGGUACUGAUCAUGGGUUUAUAUCAGCUGGCCCACGUGGCUGGGAUUGGCGACAGCCCCUGAACAUUGGCCCUGUUGUGUGUGAGUGCAGAGGAAGGGAGAUUUUGACUUGAGGGCUACAUGGCACCUUGCAUGCCAGGAAGGGGAAAGGCUGCAAGCAGACUUCCCCUUGUGACCUUGUGUGGGGCCUGGGCACAGUCCCUGUCCUUGCACACUGGAUGUGCAAGGUCUGGGGACUCUAAUGCAGAGAAGGAUAUUGGUGUCAGGUGAGGCACUGUAGGCCCAGUGCCUGAGGGAACGGCCUCCAAAGCGCAGCCCACUACCCUUCUCACCUUUGCAAAUGUGAGCUGUGUCUUAAACCCACAGAACCUGACUCUGCUCCACUUUCCCUGGUUUCAUACCUGUGUAGCUCCACUAACUUCAGUGAGUUACUCCUGAUUUACUCUGGCUCAUAACAUUGGAAUCAGGAGCACAGUCUUGCCCACCACAGAUUGGCUCCUAAUGGUGACAGGGCCAGACUCUGCCCAGUUUACUCAAGCAAAACUCACUAGGGUUCAUGGGAGACUGGCCUGAACUAGAAGAUGGGACCUGGCUUGGGUUUGUUGUCAUUUGCACAACCCAAGAUGUUUGUUGAGCAUUUUCUCCAGCAUUGUUGACAUGGCCUUUUAAGACAUCAUAACAAACCAAAGCUGGGGCCUCGCCACAAACUGGCACAUCUGCUUUCAGGCAUAAAGUGACAUAGGGGAUAGGAUUAAAAUUCAUAAUGAUCUGGACCGACUGGGAAAUGACUGCCUAGGAAGGAGUUCUGCAGAAAGGGAUUUGGGGGUUACAGUGUGUCACCAGCUAAAUAUGAGUCAACAGUGUCACACUGUUGCACAAAAAGCAAACAUCAUUCUGGGAUGUAUUAGCAGGAGUGUUGUAAGCAAGACACGAGGAGUAAUUCUUCUGCUUUACUCUGCUCUGAUUAGGCUUCAGCUGGAGUAUUGUGUCCAGUUCUGGGCACCACAUUUCAGGAAAGAUAUGAACAAAUUGGAGAAGGGUCAGAGAAGAGCGACAAAAGUGAUAACAGGUCUAGAAAACAUGACCUAUGAGGGAAGAUUGAAAAAAUUGAGUUUAUUUAGUCUGGAGAAGAGAAGACUGAAAGGGGACAUGAUAACAGUUUUCAAAUACAUAAAAGGUUAUUACACGAAGGAGGGAGGAAAAUUGUUCUCAUUAACCUCUGAGGAUAGGACAAGAAGCAAUGGGCUUAAAUUGCAGCAAGGGCAGUUUAGGUUGAACAUUAGGAAAAGCUUCCUGUCAAGUAGUUAAACACUGGAACAAAUUGCCUAGGAGGUUGUGGAAUCUCCAUCAUUGGAGGCUUUUAAAACAGGUUAUACAAACACCUGUCAGGAGUGGUUUAGUUAUUACAUGCCCUGCCUUGAGUGCAGGGGACUGGACUAGAUGACCUCUUGAGGUCCCUUCCAGUCCUGCACUUCUAUGACUCUAUGACUCUACGGUCCUGCUCCCUUUGAUGUCAGUGGCAAAACCCCUGGUAGUUUCAGAGGAAGCAAGAUCAGCCCUCAAAGCUGUACACAGGAAGACAUAUCUUGGUUAGGAACCGUGGGGACAGACACAUGUGGAAACAGACGCAUAGCCCAGAGGUCACAGCCCAGGAGCACAUGGCUUUAUGUUAGCAUUGCACUGCCCAGAUUUUGGCCUGCUAUGGGAACUGAAACAGCUCCUGGUGUGAACUAGAUGAAGGGCUACUCUCACUUACAGCACCAUCGCUGUGGCUGUCUAUAGGCUGUGCUACAACCCACAGUAGUGAGUGAUAUGGGGCCACCCCUUCCUACCCUGGCAUGCAAUGGCCAGAAUAGAAAGGGGCCUUUAUGUACUGCUAUCGAGGAGGGUAGCAUAUUGGCUGUUUAUGUUGGCCCUGUAUUGCUCUUGCACUAGGGGGAUUGAUCUGCAGUCUGUUCCAUCUCCUUAACAACUCCAGUCCAUUGCUGGAGCCCCAUUGGCCACCAUUGGCCCCUCUCUUUUGUGAUUGUUGCAGCAGCUGCAUUAUGUGUUGUGCUAAGCAAUCCACUUAGGCGUAGCUGUAGUAAGCUUCAUCGGGCCCAUGCCAGGGUUGAUACCGUAGUAUAUUUCCUAGCACACAGCUUUGGAGUGUUUUGGUCUCUCUCAGGUCACACCAGCCAUCUAUCUGAAAUUCCAUUUGGCCAUAUUGUUGUUGCACAGCGGCCUAAUGGCCAAAGUCUUUUGGAUGGCAGGGUGUUUAUCAGAGAGGCUUUUAAAGCAAUAUCUACUCAGUGUAUGUGUGUAUAGGUGCGCACUUUUGCUGUUUGCAGAGACAGAAUGCCACCGUGAACCCCCCUCA